AUUAUUAAGCAGAGAUCAAACAGACAAGAAUUCACCAAAUUACCACAAAAAAAAAAAAAAAAUUUGAAGAGAAAAUGGGAAAGCAGUUUAUAGCAGUGUUUGUGAUGUGCAUGGUUGUUGUUGCAGCCAUGCAGGUACGUGAGGCCGACGCAGCUAUGGGAGAUGUUUACAAGGAAUGCUAUGCGCAAUGUACCAAAGACUGCAACGCCGAAAAUGGCUACACCUUCUGCGAAAUGAAGUGUGAUGCCCAGUGCGGUACUAAAGAGGUUACCGAAGCUGCAUCCCAAAUGGGAAAAUUUGUGAAGGAUGUUGCUGGGCAGAAUGAUUAAAGGACCCAGGAAGUCUCAUAUAAAGUUAUGGAUGGUUCCACAUAUUUCUUUCCACUGCAAAAAAAAAAAAAAAAA